AAGGGGAAGGGGGAACCCAACUGAAUUAAACGAUGUUCAUUAUUCAAUUCCUUGAUGAAAGAUGGACACCACACAAGAGGCACAAUUCAGUUGACAUCCUCCUGCCAUUUCUCUCCACGUAAAACCAAGAGAUGUCAUUAAUGAUCAAUGUUCUUGAUCCGGAGAGCCGCUUUGUAAUCAAAUGGAGACGCUUAAUGCUUAUCAUCGGGAUCUUGAGCCUGAUUCUUGACCCCUAUCUACUGUACAUUCCCAAUGCUAAAGGCCCUAUGUGUUCAGGCAUGGAUAUCCAGGCGGGUAUCUUAUUAACAUUCUUCCGAACAUUGAUAGAUUUGUUUCACCUCCUUAAUAUUAUUAUAAAAUUUCGUAUAGCUCUUCAAGUCCCAGGUCCUAAAGUUUUUAAGAAGAAGAAUUUGAUCAAGGACCCUUACUUGAUUGCGAUCAAUUACAUGAAAUCAAUGUUCAUGAUCGAUUUGCUAGCUAUACAGCCAUUUCCCCAGAUGAUAAUUUGGUCAAAAUCUCCUAUGGAGGCUAGUUCAUUGAUACCACUUAUUGUGCUAGUACAGUUAGCUCCACGGACAAUAGCAAUGGUUCCUCGGGAUGCCAAUUUUAUAGAAUCUUUCGGCAUUGCCACAAAGAACAUUUGGUCAGGGGCGGUUCUCAAUCUUUCAGUUUUCAUUUUGAUGGGCCAUUUUAUAGGAGCAAUGUACUAUCAACUGUAUCUGGAACAACUACAUCAGUGCUUUGAAAAGGUUGAUUUUGUCCACCCUGUUGGCGAUGAUUGCAGUCAACUACAUAAAGACUGCAUCAAUAGACAAAAGGAACUUAACAAUGGGAUGCUUUCGGAUGCCUUCGCAAAUGAAAUUGGUUUAAGGAAUUUUAUCCAAAAAGUGUUCUACUGCUUCGUCUGGGGUGUAAGAAGUUUAAGCUCCUUGGGCCAAACAUUCGAAGCAAGUUUUAAUGCGAUGGAGACAAUGUUCAGUUGUGCGGUAAUCAUAUUCGGGCUCAUCUUAUUGGCUGACUUAAUUGCGCGCAUGCAGACCAGUGUACAAUCUGCAGGGGCUAGAAGAGAAAAGCAGAGGAUAAAACAGAGAAGGCUUGAGGAAUGGACACAUUACCACGACCUCCCUCACGACCUAAAGGGGCUUGUUCGGCAGAGCGUUCAAUCAGAAUGGCAAUGUACUAAAGGAAUAGACGAUGAAGCCAUCUUGAACUCGCUUCCUUUGGACUUACGACGUGAUAUUCGAACCCACUUGUACAAGGAACGUGUUUGCACUAUACCUCCCUUCACUAGGAUGGAUGAACAGCUUCUUAACUUCAUCUGCGGACACUUACGAACUUUCACAGGAGCAGAAGGAACAUACAUAGUGCUACAAGGGGAUCCACUUGAACAAGUGGUGUUUGUCUUCAGUGGGUUAUUACAGCUUACACAUCGUACUGCAGGCCGCUCCAACUCUCGAAAGCUCGAAGCAGGUGACUUCUUUGGGGAUGAUCUGCUAACAUGGGCUUCACAACCAAAUUCGUCAACCCAAAAUCUUCCACCCUCAAAUUUCACAGUCAAGUGUAUUAGCAAUGUUGAAGCCUUUUGUCUCCCUGCUCAAGAUGUUAGACACUUGGUUAUUUUUAAUUAUAGCCAGAAAUUUCAGCUUGCUCUUAGAGACCAUCAUGCUUGAGUUUACCAAUACACUUUAAGCUCGUUAUAAUUUACCAUGAUAAUAAUGGAUGUAAACUUGUAACUAAUAGCUUUAUACAUUGAUAAAGGGACAACUUAAUCUUGUCUAUGUAACGAGCAAUUGAGCAUGAUUUAAUCUUAGAAGGAAAUGUUUGUUGCUGAAUGUAA